GAUCCACUCCUAUAUUCCUUUGGUCCUUAUUCCGGAAAAUAUGUUCAGUUUUGUUAUUUAUAAAUUAAGAUAGAAAAUCCUUUUGCACAAGAAACUUGGUACUCUAAUGGAUUUCUUUCACGCUUUGCAUUGAAUUCAUAAAUUACUUACCAUUUGAGUGAUGGACAUAGCUGUCUUGAAUUAAUGCCUUUUGCUUUCAAGUAUGUGAUAAAAGCAAAAGGAAUCUUUUCAAGAAGUGAUCUUUUCCUUCUUAAUUGGAAUAACUCUGCCUUUGUACUAUUUACUCCAGCAAAUUGUUACAUAUUGGCCAACUUGCUUUCAGAAAUUGUUGCCUCUGGUUUCUGCUCUGCUAUAGUCUCUAGGGUUUGCUAUUCUGUGCUUGGGUACAUACUCUAAUCGUUAUGUAAAGUUGGAAAUCCAAAAAAAUGCAUCAUUAAUUGACUGAUUUGUCACAGGGCAUGCUGUCAUUCUGGGCCAAAGAAUGCACCCACGCUAACUAAGGCAUAUAGAGGGCAGGGCAGGGAUGGUUCUAGAUUGAACAAAAUCUUUUUAUUUUCUUGUUCAGGUUGUUUCUCUGUGGUACAGAAUUAGCAUUAGGUUCUGUUAGACAAGUGGUAACUGCUACCGUUUCAUGCCAUAGAUUCUUCUAAAAGUUUGUAAUUCUUUAUUGAGUAUCAUUUGCCCCAUCUUCACUGAAUGGCCUUUAUAACAAGAGAGGUGGUUCUGUUUUCUUAACAUUCGAUAAUUGUGCUUUUCUCUACUUAAAAUUUUAAAAACAUUCAUUACCUAACCUUGUAGUAAUAGUUUAUAUGAGUGAAUAAGCAUGUGGUGGGCAUGGCACAGACAUGUUUAAAAUUUAAGAAUAGAAAUAAAAAGGAAAGAAAAAAAAAGGAGUAACCUUUGAGAUAUUAAACAGGUGCUGAAGUAUUUUAUGAACCGUCCAAGAUUAUUUUGUGAAGGAAUGACACUCUUCUGUUUCUUUAUUUCUGUCUUUUGAAUUUUGAUCAACACUUCUCAAGCAAAGUGUAUAAAAGAGAGAAGGUGCACCCCGGCUUUUGCUCUUAGUUAUAAUGGCAGGGCCUGAUAAUCAACCCUCCAAGCUUGUUGGAUCAAUUGAAAACAGAGACUUUCUGACCGUCUUAGCAUCUAAAGGGGUUGAUUUUCUUCUUUCUGGCGAAGGAAAAGUACCCUUAUCAUCAUGUGAUGGGAAGAUAAUUUGUCUCUUGUUCUCAGCAAACUGGUGCAGGCCAUGUAAAACUUUUGCUCCUCAGCUCGUGCAGCUUUAUAAUAGCCUAAGAGCUGAAGGUAAAAAGCUAGAGAUUGUGUUAGUCUCCUUUGACCGUGAUGAGGAUGGCUUUAAAGAGCAUUUCAAAUGCAUGCCAUGGCUUGCAGUUCCAUUUGAUUUAGAAUUGCAUGGACAAUUGAGAGACGUCUAUGGCGUGGACCGCAUUCCAUCAUUUUUUUCGUUGGCUUCAGAUGGAAUAUCGAUUGAAGAAGAUCUGAUCGGAUUGAUUGAAGACUAUGGAGCUGAAGCAUUUCCCUUUACCAGGAAGAGAAGAGAGGAAUUGAGGGCUAUUGACGAUGCAAAGCGCCAAGGAGGGAAAUUACAGCAGCUUUUGGCACAUCAAGGACGGAACUACGUUUUAUCUCGAGAUGAUCGAGAGAUUCUAGUGUCUGAACUUGUUGGGAAGACAAUAGGCCUGUACUUUGGGGCACAUUGGUGCCCACCUAGCCGCACCUUCACUGCGCAACUAAUAGAAGCUUACAAUGAGUUGAUGAGCAUCAGAGAUGGAUGCUUUGAGAUUAUAUUGGUGUCCACGGAUAGAGACCUUAAAGAAUUCAGUAUCAACCUAAGCAACAUGCCAUGGCUUGCCAUUCCAUAUGAGGACAGGACACGGCAAGACCUGUGUAGGAUAUUCAACAUUAAAGGGAUUCCAGCUUUAGUGAUCAUUGGAGAAGAUGGGAAGACGAUAACCACGGAUGGGAAAAGCAUGAUUUCCCUGUACGGUGCAAAGGCUUUCCCUUUCACAGAGAGGAGGAUUGCAGAGAUAGAAGCAGGGUUGAAAAUUGAAGGAGAUGCAUUGCCUCGUCAAUUGAAGGAUGUGAAGCACCAGCAUGAACUGAAACUGGACAUGGCAAAAGCAUAUGUGUGCGACUAUUGUAAAAGACAAGGGAGGUUCUGGGCAUUCUCUUGUGAUGCGUGUGAUUAUGACCUUCAUCCUUCAUGUGCGCAAGAAACAUUUGCUGCAUGUGGAGAUAUUAUAUAGGCUGCUCUUUCUUUUUCUUUUUUUUUUUUUAAUUUUAUUUCUAAGCAGUAAUUGCAACUCACAGAAGAUUACUCGUGUGUGUAUUUCUUUCUUGAAUUAUAGGUCAAGAAUGUAUUAGCAUAGUUAAUAUACGAAUAUUGUGCUCAAGUGCUGUAUUGUGGGAGGGGAAGUUGAAAUCUGUCAAUAUAAAUUAGUAAAUUUAAAUUUUUAUUAAA